ACAACCCAUUAGUGGCUUUUGCUUUACUCCUACUCAAAUGUCUCAUACAAAAAUAACCCAUCUCAUAUAAAUCAAACUGGAAACAAGUCUUCAUCAUUCUGUUUGCUUGCUCUAGUGAUCAUAAGCUUUUAAUUUGUCCCCAAUGUUAUAAUAAUUUCUUUUCUUUCAGGAUUCAGCAAUGAGCUUAGCUCCCUCUCCAUCUGCUGCAAUGAAACCUCCAAGAGGAAAGCUGCCAAUUUCUAUUAUCACUAUUGUUAUUUGUGGUUUUGCUUUUGUUGCUCUCUUGUAUGCUGACACUUCCAGGUCUUUUUUUAAGCUUAAAUCUUGUCCUAGGAGACAUGGUGCUAAAAAGUCAAGGGAAAAUACUAAAAGCUUCGAACUGGAUGAUAGAUUCGAGUUCGACCCAGAAGAGUGCACAGUUAAUACUGGAAAGUGGGUGUUUAACAAAUCACUCGAGCCUUUUUACACAGACAGAAGCUGUCCCUAUUUAGAUAAACAAGUUUCUUGUGUCAUGAACGGACGGCGAGAUUCCGAUUACCGGCACUGGGAAUGGCAGCCUGACGACUGUACAUUGCCAAGAUUUAAUCCGGAACUUGCACUUAAGAAACUGAGAGGGAAGAGGCUGAUGUUCGUCGGCGAUUCACUGCAAAGAGGCCAAUGGCAAUCAUUCGUCUGUCUGGUGGAAUGGCUUAUACCUGAAGAUAAGAAGUCGUUGAAACGGGGUCGUUUUCUGUCUGUCUUCAGAGCCAAGGAAUAUGAUGCCACCAUUGAAUUCUACUGGGCACCUUUUCUUGUUGAGUCGAAUACUGAUCAACCCAUUUUAGGAGAUCCAAAGAAAAGAAUAAUUAAAGUUGAUUCAAUUGAAAAGCAUGCUAAAAACUGGAGAGGAGUUGAUAUUCUCGUAUUCAAUACUUAUGUUUGGUGGAUGAGUGGUCUUAGACUCAAAACACUAUGGGGUUCAUUUGCAAAUGGGCAAGAAGGUUAUGAAGAAUUGGAUACACCAGUUGCUUAUAAAAUUGGUUUCAAGACAUGGGCUAACUGGGUUGACUCAAAUAUUAAUCCCAACAAGACUCGUGUCUUCUUUACCACCAUGUCACCUACACACACAAGAAGCCAAGACUGGAACAAUACAAAAGGGAUAAAAUGCUUCAACGAAACAAAGCCAGUAACGAAGAAGAGAUACUGGGGAAGUGGUUCAGACAAGAAAAUGAUGAGUGUGGUGGCAAGUGUAGUAGGGAAAAUGAAAGUUCCAGUUACUGUCCUAAACAUUACACAGUUAUCAGAGUACCGAAUCGAUGCUCACACAUCAGUAUACACAGAGACAGGAGGGAAAAUGUUGACAGAUGAACAAAAGGCCGAUCCUUUACACCAUGCAGAUUGCAUACAUUGGUGCUUGCCAGGAGUUCCUGAUACUUGGAAUCAAAUGUUUCUUGCAUAUUUGUAGCUCAAACUCAAAUGGCAAUGAAAGGAAUCUGUGUGUUCCUUUUCAUCAAUUGUAUACAAUGUGUAGCUUGCCAUCUGAGCUUUUCCUCUUGUCAACAGAAAAUUCUUUUGAUUAUAUUUCCUUUUUUCAAAAAAUUACUCGGAAAUAUAUAAAUUCUUCAUAAAAAAGUUUCUGCAAAAUUAGAAACUUUGGGCUGGAGACAAAACCUUUCCCUAGUGAAUUACGAUCAAGUCUCAGAAUUUUUAGUAAA